CCUUUGUUUGGCUUUGUCAGCCAUACAUUUCGGCAUACCUGCCUCGAGCAUCAGCGGAUUUUUUCGCGCUCGUGCAAGGUUUCGUUUGUGGUGAUUGUCGUCUUUGAGUCGUGCGUGCAUCCUCGAACGACCUCUUCACCUCCAUCCUCGUCCCAAGCCCCGUCCUCGCUUGCAUCUUUAGAAGUUAGUAGGAUCAGUAGGCGGAGGUGGAUUCGAACUGGAUGAGGGUGGAAAUCAGCCCGAGGAGAGUGAUUUGAGAGCCAUGUCGCCCUCAAUUGGUGUGAACCUCCGGGUCACCGCCCACUGUCAUCAAGGAGACCGCAAGUACAUGGAGGAUGUGUUCUCCGUGGCCUACCAACAGACGGACGAUCAGCAAGACUUGGAAUUCGCCUUCUUUGGUAUCUUUGAUGGCCAUGGAGGAAGGGAAGCCGCCCUCUACGCCAAAGACCAUCUUAUGGAUUCCAUCACCAAGCAGAAACAGUUUUGGUCUGAAGAUGACGAAAGUGUGCUCAAGGCCAUUCGCGAAGGUUUCCUCUCCACGCAACAAGCCAUGUGGGCGGAUUUGCCUAAUUGGAAAAAGACGGCUUCGGGUAUGCCUUCCACGGCCGGAACCACGGCCUCCGUGUGCUUCAUCAAACGUGGCAAGCUCUUCAUCGGCCAUUGUGGUGAUUCUGGCAUCGUCAUGGGUCAACGUGAUGCCUUCAAUCCAACCAAGUGGAAAGCAAAACGUUUGACCACUGACCACAAACCCGAGAGCGACGAGGAGUUGGCGCGUAUUGAGAGUGCGGGUGGGAAAGUGGUGAAUAAAUCGGGCGUGCCUAGAGUGGUUUGGUACCGCCCACGAGGAGGACACCAAGGCCCCGUAAGGAGGUCAACGCCAAUUGACGAGGUCCCUUUUCUAGCUGUGGCCAGAGCUCUAGGAGACCUCUGGAGUUACAACGCCAAAGAUGAUGUAUUUAUUGUGUCGCCGGACCCCGAUUUGCACGUCUUUGAACUUGAUUCUCUAAAGGAUCGUUGUCUAGUCCUGGCCACAGAUGGGGCAUGGAAUGUACUCUCACCCGAAAUGGCCGUUCAAGGAGUGUUUGAAGCGGAAAGAAACAACGAACGACACAUGAUCAAUCCCCAAGGCGGACACAACUGGAUCAAUCCUUCCAAGAGAUUGGUAGAUCAGGCCCUUGAUAGGUGGAGCAUGUGCAAUCUACGAGCGGAUAAUACGAGUAUCGUCACCGUAAUGCUCGAUCCCCCUGGUCCUCCAAGGGCUCAAGUUUUGAGAAAAUUGCACGGCCUCUCCGCUUCUCAAAGCACCGGCAGUUUGUCCUCGGCGACGAGCUCAGAAUCGCUGGAAGGCGCGGGUGCUGCUCCGGCAUUGCCCCCGAAGCCCAAUGGCGUGGCUAUUAUAUCCCGGUGUCCAAAUUCGAAAUUGGAUGGCGAGAAACAGGGCACUAAUUUGGUCGGAAACCAACGCCUUUUCAAUCCGGACACCAUGGCCACCCGAGCCACGCCUCCGUCUCUCCUGCAACGAAAGAAAAUGUUCAAGCCUUUGAGGCUAGGAGGUUCAAGUCCGUUGAACAAUGCAUUCGUUCCGAGCCUGUUCAAACAUCGGCUCAAGAUUCAGAAAGAAAGAGCAGCAUCACCUCCAAAUAAUGACCCCAUCAUCAGCCAUGAAGGUAUCCAACCCAGUUCCAGUUCUUCAGUUCUACCGUCCACGAUUCCUCUUCAGCGCGUCAAGAAUGAAACGCUCAACCAAAUUCAGUGCAAUGACGUUUCUAGCACGGAUCGUGACCCCUGCUCCUCGCCCAGUCCUCCUCCUCCUCUGCCUGGACGUAAUCUAGAUCACAAGUUUGUGGCCACUAAAAAGAAGGUUGUGACCGACGUGGCUGCAAGUAUUCUCGUGAAGCAACCUCGCCGCUCAAUUGUACCUGAAUACAUCAGCGAUUCCGAAAACCUGCCCUCCUCAGAUAAAUGUGUUCACACACCUCAGAAGACGCCCAAAAAACGACCGUUUGCUCAACAGAAUAAUCCUGGAGGAAUCCUCAAAAACAACUUGGGAUCCCCGAUCUCGAAAUCACGGGUUCUACGCUCCGCUCAAAAGGAGACCAAUAUGACACGCGUCACCCGUAGUUCAGGACAUUUUUCACCUGCUAAUAAUUCCCAGACGUCCGACAAUGCCCUAAAACGCAAAAGACGUUCUCUCGAUCAGAAUCUACCGUUACAACGAUCAUCCUCGAUCUCUACUCAUACGCGAAGUCGACAACAAAGUUGUUCAGCUAUUCGCCACCUACCGGGAAGUGCCGCUAAGAAAGCCCGCAUCCUCCGGAAUAAAUGAUCCAAUGAUGUGUUCCAACAGCCUUGAGUUGACAAAGGCUUUCUCAGGAAAUGAAACUUUCGCGAGCUUUCUUUCUCACUCUCUCAACAGAAACCAAACUAGCUCUAUGAAAUGAUAACUUCCUUAUUGUCAUGAUGAAUCUCAAUCUGGAGAACGAAUGCACUUGAACACCUCUGACAUGAAUACUAUUUGAAGCCAUUUGAUACUAAUGCUCCGAUCUUUAGGAUUUAUAUUUACUUACUUAUACUUGUGUGGAGUUUGGCGCAUUCCCAACGUCUCGUCUCGUUUGUUCGAGGUGCCUUGGAAUAAUUGCCUGACGUCAAAGAAUGAAAUAAAAAAUAAUAAUAUGCAAAAAUAACAAUCAAUCAAAUCCACUUCAGAAUAGUCAUCAGUUACAAAUAUAUUUUCAACAUGAAAU